UAGAUUAGAAUAUAUCAGAAGCGUCACUCAAAAUAUCAAUCUGCCAUUUUCAGAUACAUCAUACAUCAGAUUAUAUCAUCCUCGGGUUCACACAACAAUACCUUAUCACUUUCUUUAAAACAAUCAGUGGUUCAUUUUCUCUGUCUUUUUGCCUGUCAACUCCUUACACUUGUCCCCCCUAUCUCUCUAUCUCUCUCUCUCUCUCUCUCUCUCUACAGUUCCGUAACGCUCUGAGAUACCCUUUUGCCUGAAACUGAAACCUUCAAGGCUCAGUGGCCUCAGUUUCAUCACAAUCUCCGGCGGACAGUGGUUAGUGCUGAAACUGAGCUGCAUUUACUACAAAAAUGGAGUUUAGUAAACUCUGCUACCAUUCUUCAGUUCUCGUCUUCUUCGUCUCGGUUUUUCUCUUUCCAUUAAUGGUGACUUCGCUUGGAGUUAACUACGGCCAAAUCGCGAACAAUCUUCCAUCACCGAACGACGUCGUUCCACUGGUGAAGUCCCUCGGCGCCACCAAAAUCAAGCUCUACGACGCAGAUUCGCGAGUCCUCAAAGCUUUCGCCAACAGUGGAAUUGAAAUCAUGGUCGGUCUAGGGAAUGAGUACUUAACGAAGAUUCAAGAUCCAAACAACGCUCGAGAUUGGGUCAAAUCCAACGUCCAAUGCUACCUUCCGGCGACUAAAAUCACCGCCAUUUUCGUCGGCAACGAAGUUCUUACCUUUAACGACUCUUCGCUCACCAACAACCUACUUCCGGCUAUGCAGAGUGUCCACACGGCGGUUGUCGAUCUCGGCCUCGACAAGCAAGUCACGGUCACCACUACACACUCCUUGGCCGUCCUCGAGGCCUCGUAUCCUCCUUCCACCGGAGUUUUUCGCAAGGAUCUCGUCCCGACCAUUACUCCGAUCUUGAACUUCCAUGCCAAGACUGGUUCGCCAUUUCUGAUCAAUGCUUAUCCUUACUUCGCUUACAAGGGAGACCCCAAACAGAUCCCACUGGAGUUCGUCCUGUUCCAAUCGAAUCAAGGGAUUGUAGAUCCCGACACGAAUCUCCAUUACGACAACAUGUUGUUCGCUCAGAUCGACGCCGUUUACUCUGCUCUCACCGCCGUUGGGUACAAGAAGCUCUCAGUACACAUUUCAGAGACGGGUUGGCCGUCGAAGGGAGAUGAAGACGAGGCCGGAGCUACGCCGGAGAACGCCAAGAAGUACAAUGGGAAUCUACUCAAGCUGAUAAGCCAAAAGAAAGGAACACCCAUGAGACCAAGCUGCGAUCUCAACAUCUACGUCUUCGCUCUCUUCAACGAGAACAUGAAGCCAGGCCCCACCUCCGAGAGAAACUACGGCCUUUUCAAACCGGACGGAACUCCGGUUUACUCUCUUGGGAUUACUAAAAGCACCUCCUCCGGAAACAGCUCCAGCUCCAGCUCCGGCACCGGUGGUUAUUCUCCGAUAAGCUCUGGUUAUUAUCCAUCGACGUCGAACUCAUCCAGUGCUGGGUAUUUGUCAUUUUCCUCAGCCGUGACCACUGAGAAGGACCGCUUGAUUUUGCUGAAGAUGGUGGCUUUGUUUAUGCUUUUGAUUGGGUUGCUUUGAAUUUGAAGUGCUGUAGCAACGGCCUAAUUAGGUACUGGCCGUUGAAAAAAAAGCAAAAAAAAAUAAAAAAACAUAAUUGGAGCUGUGGAAAAAGAUUGAUAAAAACAGAGGCGACUUGGGGAGUAGGGAAAGAUAUCUUAAUAACAAAUAAUAAUAACGAGGUGUUAGCUGUGCUGUUGAGGAGCUUUUGCUAGAGAUCCAGAUUCAUAAUUUAGUGUAGCUUACUGAUGAUUUGCCCCUUUUUUUUUUUGUUUCUUCUGUUCUUUCUUAAAUUAAUGAUUGGAUUUUGUGCCAUUAUUAUUCAUUUUAUAGUGAACAGUGUUUUCACUGCCUCAAUAAUAUAUUAGCUUGAUUCAAGAGUU